CCCUGCCUGACGUGUUGGUCCUCUUGUGGACAGACAGCUGGGUUUCUGCUGUGGACGUUCUUAAAUGUGUCUUGUGCACAUGGGCAAGGCUUUCUCUAGGGGAAGGUCUCCGGGAUGCAGUGGUUCAUGGGAUCCUGAGGAAGGUGGCCGGAUGGUGAUUUUCUAAUUCUACCCUCCCUUUUACAUCACCCGUUGACUUUGUCCUGUAAACAAGGGCUUUCUUCUCUUCCCCAUUUAUUGCCGUGGCUGUUCGGGUUUAUCUCACUCAGUGGGUUCUGAUUGUGUGCUGCCCCUACUCACUCUCUCACGCUGCCCCUGGGCUCCUCCAGAGGGCGUUCCCUUGUGUGCUUCUGUGUCCUUUAACCUGUCCUGUCAGUGUCUGAGCACUUCCCCUUCUUCUGGCCCAGCUAAUGCCCGAGCCCUGAAAUCGGCCAUUUCUCUGUGGGGGCUGGUUAUUUCCGUGGAGAAUGAGAUUUAGAAACAAGACUAGGACACGGUGCUCACUGUGGCUGGGCUGUCACUGCCUCUGGGCCCUCAGUGGCCAGAUGACGCAGCAGAUGCAGAGAUGCGUGGACUGUGGACAGGUGUGAUGUGUGUGGCUCCGCCUGUCCAUACCCACAGGUGCCGAUGCCCGACUCCUCCGUCGAUCCCAGCUGCUCAGUCCGCCGCUCUCCCUCCGCUCUGCGUCCGUGCUGUGUCCGGAGGCACACUGAGGUCUCACUGCCAGUAGCCACAGAAUUGUCACUGCUUAGUCCAGAACCCCCGAGCCAUGAGUGUCUAACCAAGCCCGCCAUUUGAGUUCACUGUCGGGGUUCUGUCUGGCUCUAAUCUGAGCACAUACAUUCUGCAAACCGUUCAGAAGGUACGUGGAUGCAUUUUGUCUCCUCUCUCCAGUGGACGAUGUGAUUUAUUUGGUUCGUGGCUUGGUUCCCUCUUUCUGUUCGUAUCGCACUUCAGAAGUUUAUUUUUGUUUUUUAAGCAUGUGGGGCAUUAAUAUAGUUCCAGAAGUCGUAGCUCUCUGAACAGGGGCAUUCGAGAACUGUGGUCCGUUCUCGUUUCCCUCCACGCUAUCUCCUCCGCCACCAGUCUCCUCGGGCUCGGGCUUCUCCUCCUGCGUCUCUCGUUGCUCAGUGUCAAGAAUGGACUUGCUUGCUGGCUUGUCAUCUCUAAAUUUAUUUAUUUUUAGUCACUCAGAGUGGGGCUCAGACCCAUGACCUCAAGACCGAGAGCCCCAUGCUCCCCGCCAAACCAGCCUGGUACCCAGCUUUAUCUCUUUAAAUUGCCCGUCUUUCCUGCUUUUCUCUGCUGGAACUUUCAUUCUCAUUAUUUUCUCCAUACCCGGGUUACUGUCUCUUUAAUAUUUUGAUUUCUUAUCUCUUUGCUGCAUUCCAGGUAAUUUCCUCGGACAUUUUUCUCGAAUGCGGUAACUUUUUUCAGUUCUGUCAUUUCUGUGUAACCCAUCAACUGAGUUGUUUUGUAUUCUAGAUUUUUCAGUUUUCAGUUUGAGGAACUUGUAGACUGACAGAGGAAACCACCGUUCCUCUGUACGCCGUUCCCUCAGCUCCCUCCCGCCGCCGUCCCCCAGGGCCUCAGCGAGACCGGGGAAGCGCCGCAGGAGCAGGGCUCCGUCCCGAUGUCCCCACAGAACCAGCAGCUCAUCUGCAGGCCGCAUGCCUAAAUGCCACUGGUGUCCCUUCUCCGGCAUGCUGUCCGAUCUGCGUACGACCUGCAUUUAGUGGCGGUGUCCCCGUGGUCUCCAGUCCUUGACCUUUGUGACCUGUGUACUUUGGUGUUUGUCUGACACGUUCCCUCGACUAGAUUAGUGGUCACGUGUCCGCGGCACGAAAUCCACAGCCGUGCCACAUUCUUCCUAGUGCAUCGGGUCAGGGCAAACAGGACGGCGCUCUGUCUGUAGUAUUUUCAACUUUGGUCACUGAGUUGGGGUUAGUGUCCGCCAGUGUCUCAGGGUAAAGUCACUCCUCCCUUCUGUGAUGCGUCGGCCCCUGCGAGGGAGCGGUUUGGAUGCAAACACGUCCUUGUUACAGCUCAGCGGUCGGGUGACUCCUCUCUGAACAUUUAUCCCCGAUGGUGUCUUGGGCUUGUCCUGUGGACCUGCCGCUCUUGGGCUCUGUCUGUCCCUCCCCGGAGCUGCCAGGCAGGUGCUCCUCCCCCACUGGCCACCCUCUCCAGGUAACCUUUGAUCUUUGACCCGCAUCCAUUGAUCAGCUGCCACGGUCUUCAGGCCUGAAUUGAGCAAGAUUUUCUCCAGAGCCUCUUGCUUCUGCUACCAGCGGCUGCGGCUGUGGCCGGGCACCGGCUGCUUUUUAGGGUGGUUCCUGCCCUGACUUGGAGCUUCCUGGGAGCCUCUGCCCGCACUCUCGAGGGAGUGGCGAGUCGUGGUUUGCGCACUCUCCGCCCUGCAGACCUCCGGCUGGGAGUUGGCCUGGCCUGUGCUGCCCGCAGUCCUGAGGAGACCGGCAUGUCAGCUUCGGCAGAACCCCUGGCGCCGGCAGAGCCGGCCCCCGGCCCCGAGGACAAGCCCAGGGGGAAGCCACUCCUUGCCUGGGGCUCUCUCUUAGGCCACCGAAGCGAGAAAAUUGUUUUUACCACGAGCGAGGGAGCCCCCGAGGAGAACGUGCUCUCCAUAACCAUCACCGAGACCACCGUCAUCGAGUCCGAGCUGGGCGUGUGGAGCUCCCGGGCUCUGCUCUACCUCACGCUGUGGUUCUUCUUCAGCUUCUGUACCCUCUUCCUCAACAAGUACAUCCUGUCCUUGCUGGAAGGGGAGCCCAGCAUGCUAGGUGCCGUGCAGAUGCUGUCAACCACAUUCAUCGGCUGCGUUAAAAUAUUUGUUCCUUGCUGUUUGUAUCAGCACAAAACCCGGCUUUCUUACCCACCCAAUUUCAUCAUGAUCAUGCUGUUUGUGGGUCUCAUGAGGUUCGCAACAGUGGUUUUGGGUCUGGUCAGCCUGAAAAAUGUGGCAGUUUCGUUUGCGGAGACGGUGAAGAGCUCUGCUCCCAUUUUCACUGUGAUCAUGUCCCGAAUGAUCCUGGGAGAGUACACGGGCUUGCUGGUCAACCUCUCCCUCAUCCCCAUCAUGGGGGGCCUGGCGCUGUGCACGGCCACGGAGAUAAGCUUCAACGUCCUGGGGUUUUCAGCCGCGUUAUCCACCAACAUCAUGGAUUGUUUGCAAAAUGUUUUUUCAAAAAAGCUCCUCAGUGGGGACAAAUACAGGUUCUCGGCCGCAGAGCUUCAGUUCUACACCAGCGCCGCAGCUGUGGCCAUGCUGGUCCCCGCCUGGGUCUUCUUCAUGGACUUGCCGGUGAUUGGCCGGAGCGGGAGGAGCUUCAGUUACAGCCGGGACGUGGUGCUGCUGCUGCUGACGGAUGGCGUGCUGUUCCACCUGCAGAGCGUCACGGCCUAUGCCCUCAUGGGCAAGAUCUCCCCUGUGACGUUCAGCGUUGCCAGCACUGUGAAGCACGCCUCGACCACGUGGCUCAGUGUCAUCGUGUUUGGCAACAGUGUCACCAGCCUGUCAGCGACCGGCACUGCGCUAGUGACGGCUGGCGUCCUGCUCUACAACAAAGCCAAGCAGCACCAGCAGGAGGCCAUGCACAGCCUGGCUGCGGCCGCCAGCCGGACGCCGGAGGACGACACGGAGCCGCUGACCCCCAAGGACCCCCGGCCACACCACUGAGCUGUGGAAGCCCCGGCAGGUGCCCGGGGCCCCAAGGUGCUGCCCACCGCUGCUGUCCUCCUCACUGACACGGACACCCAGCCCCUCAUGUCAGUAGGGUGCAGGAGACCAAGGGAUGUGCCGCCUUCCCUGCUCCUUUCUUGAGUUCUCAGUGAAAACCACCGGGAACUUGCACAGGGAUCCCAGACGCCAGCUUCCUGGGGCAGAGACCAGAGCCAGCAGCUAAGCCACAGCCACGUGAUGUGAAAACCCCCACCUGCUGACCCCAUGAUGAACACAUGAGGGGCCCUGGGACCCACGCUAGCCUCUGCAGGCCCUCACCAGUACACAGGUCCAGCUACAGUGAGGCCAGGCCCCCGUGCCUUGGCAGGGGGGACGGCCACAGAUGCCAGCAUGCGCCACUCCCACUGCUUGGUGCCAGCUCUGUGUCCCCAGGCCUGCACAUGUCCUUCUGCCAUCUGGCGGGGCUGCCGUGCUGAGACAGAAGGCCCAGGUGCCACUGCCUGGGCCAGAGGCCACAGCAGCCAGGUGACCACUAGGAGAGAGCUAGGAGAGAGGGGAAGGGGCGCAGAAGAGGGCAGGCCGGUGGGCCCUUGCCUUCCUGCCCUUCCACCCAAGGCAUCCUCUGCACCCCAGAGCUGUCAGCAGCUGGUACCACUUAAGGAAAGGCCACUUAUGGAAGGGAAGGUGCCCCACCCCUUUCAGGGUCUCUGUUGCACUAGGCCCCAGACCUCCUGAGGGUCCCAACUCUCACCUGUGGCUGCCCUUCAUUCAGAGACCCCCGAUGUGAUGACGGUGACUGCUGGUCACAGAGGUGGAGGACAGAUAGGCAUCUGUGGUGUUUAGCUCAGGACAAGGAUAUACGGACAUUCCCUUUUGUUUUCUGGGCCCCUGUGUGUAACACGGGCUGUUCUGAAGGGUUCCCUAGAGGUACUCCUGCCAUCACCCCGCUGGUUGGGCCGCGCCAUACCUUGUCUCUUGGACAAGGAUGCUAAGGGUUUCCUUCAUGAACGAGGGAGUAGGGGGGUGCUGGGAAGAACAUUUGUCAUGUUCACAGUUUUUGUCACACUGCAUUUACAAUGACAGUGGAGUUGUUAAAGAAGGAAACAGGUGGCCAGGGACAAGUGGCUUCUGGAAGGUGUGCUGUGUGACCGUUAACACAGUGAACCCACAGGCUGGCUUGGUCUGGCUCUCACCUCCCGGAGCAGACGGACCACCACGCGGGGCUUCUGAGCCCUUUGCAAGGUUCGGGCUCCAGGCCUCUGCACUCUGCUCCUCCUCUCACAUCAUGGUGGGAUUCUGAUCAGGGCUCUGUCCACUGCCAGCCAGGCUUUAAGACCUCUCUGUGGUGCCACGCGCACACACUGGGGCGCAACACGGCCGCCUGAGACCUGCCUGCCGUGACUGAGUGAAGUAGCCGACAGGAGGGCCUCGGGCACUAACAGCCCCUUGUCUGAUUCCCCUCAGUCCUUGGCUCCCAUCAUCUCUUCACUGGUUUUCCGGUUGGCAUCUCAGCUGGGAAAGUGAAAACAGGCCCUCCUAAAGGUCAAAUCUCUUGGAAACAAAGAGCAAUAAUUAUGUCUCAUUAAUUUCUGCCUACUUGAAGAAGCGUGCCAUAAUGACGGGUUAAAGCCUUUAAAACUACAGCCUUUUUUCAAUGCCCACAUUUUCCACCAAAAAUGAACGAACAAAACAAGAAACUACAACCUUUUCAUGAAGCUACUUCCCAGGCCCAGUGGACAGGCAGGUGUGUGCUGGCCUGCGUGCCGAGCUCACCUGCACUGUGAAGACGUUUAUCAUGAGACUUGCCCCAUUUCUAUCCCCUUCCCUCGCCGCUUCCCCCACAAACAACACUGAGGGGGACUCGUUGAAGGUGACUGGGGUGGCAGGAUGUGUCUGGGUCUGGGAGGACCAGAGUGAAGGCAUGGUGCUGUGCAAGCCGUGCCUCCCCCCUCAAGAAUGUGGCCGCCGUGACCAGCAGCCAACGGGAUGGGAGCAGAGGACACGUCUCGGUCAUCUUGUUGCAAGAGGAUUUCGUGCCGCCUUCCUCGCGGAGGUCGCCAUCCCAGCGCAGCCAGAUGGGCAGUGCCUGCUUCUGAGCCUCAUAAGGGACCAAGCGCCCUGCGUGUCACCUGUGCCCUGUCUCCUAUCACAAGUGGCUGCCUGCGGGUGCGAUUUUCCAAAAUCAGAAACAAAAUGAAGAUUUUCCUGAAUUAUUAGCAAAUGAGGUCAUUUCCAGCAAAGCUGCUUCUGAGACAUUUCCUCAGAACACAAGUUGUGGGCGGCCCUGCACCGGCCCGGGGCUUACGUUCCUUCUUCCCGUGUCUGGUCUUCGUCCAGGACAGCCCUGCCAGGAGACAAAACCCGUGGCCUGUGUUGGCCAUGUGUGGAAUGAAUGUACAGACAUGGUAUGUUUUUUAUUAACUCUGUGUAGUGUUUCUAGUAUGUUUUCAUUGAGCCAUCCCAGGACGUGCUUGUAUCAACGUUGACACUUGGUGUCACCACUUCCUUGGGUCAAUUCCUCCCGUGUCCAUGGUUGUUGUCUGUGCCUUUGCAAAGAAACACUUCCAACAGGUGUCAAAUCAGGUCAUUUGCUCACCUACAUUGAUACAUAGAGAUGUAUGUCUGGCUUUCAAGGAAGCUUCCACUGAAGGGCCUAAAAAGCUUUUUUUUAAAUUCCAGUAGUUAUAAUUUCCUGUAUAUCAGCAUUAAAAUAAUCUGCCCUGGAAAGAUGA